AUGUCCCUCGAAGCUACGAUGAUCAUUGUCGACAACAGCGAAAGCAGUCGCAAUGGAGACUACACAUCAACUCGGUGGCAAGCUCAAGUGGAUGCUGUGAGCAUUAUCCACAGCGUCAAGAUGCGCGUGCACCCGCAGUCAGCCGUCGGUCUGAUGAGCAUGGGCGGCAAGGGUCCCGAAGUUCUAUCAACAUUUACCACGGACUUUGGUGGUAUUCUCGCUGGACUUCAUGACACUAAGAUCCAUGGAACCUCUCAUUUGGGGUCAAGUAUCCAGGUUGCAGGAUUGGCACUGAAGCACCGCUCCGAGAAAUCGCAACGGCAACGAAUUAUCGUAUUUUCUUGCUCCCCGAUCGCGGAAGAUGAAAAGACCCUCGUCAAGCUCGCCAAGAAAAUGAAGAAGAACAACGUCUCGAUCGAUGUGGUGGCAUUCGGAGAUCUGGAAUCCGAUCAAACUAAGAAGCUGGAGGCCUUUGUGGAGAAUGUGAACAGCGGUGACAGCUCUUACUUGGCUAUCAUCCCGCCAGGCCCUCAUCUGCUUAGUGAGGAGCUGCAGGCGACCCCGAUUUUGGCCGGUGAAGAUGCCGGUGCUGCUGCUGCGUCCGGCGGUGAUGGAGGCGAUGCUGGAGGAUUCAACUUCGAGGAUGCUGCGGAGAACGAUCCUGAGUUGGCGUUCGCUUUGCGGUUAUCGCUUGAGGAGGAGAAGAAUCGACAGGAGAAGGAGAAGCGCGAUCGUGAAGACCAGGAGGGUAAGACCGAGCUGGGUGGAAUUCCAGAGGAAGGUCAUGGUGAAUCUAGCGGUGACAAGAAGGAUGAUGACAAGAUGGACACUGCGUAG